AAAAACCAAUUUGUGGAAAAUAUGUGGCGGAAGAGGAAAUUGACAAAGAUUUAUCGUUCGGUUAUAAUUCUUCAUAUAAAUUUGCUCGUUCAAAAUUAUGCCUCUGGUUAGCGAAAGCGAUACUGAUCGAUUGCUGUUCUCGAAUAGAAAACAGUUUCAUGAAAAGCUCUCUAACAUGUCGUUUGUUGUUAUUGUGGCAAGAUCUACUAAAAGAGCCUGCUGUUGAACUGAGGAACAUUCUGAAUGCUUUGGAAGAUUUGCGAAUCAACUGUGCUUCUGUAGCAGCAGUUACUGAAGCAUUGCUUGAAAGAAUGUAUGCUCAUCUGUUGUACGAUCAAAUCCGUAGAGCUGAAAUUUAUUUAAAUGACGCUUUAACCACAAUUGGUCUCGAAAUCAAAGUAGUCGGAGUUUUGGGCAAACGUACUAGAUUUCAAGAAAAAUUUAUACCUCAACUUGUCGCCAGAGUUACAAGUUGUGAUAACUUCGAGGACGAUGACGCAUCGGAAAAUGACUGCACUUUGCCGCUGAAUGUUUUGCUUCAUGAUGACUCAUUAUUAGAAAAUGUAUGCGUUGCUGAAGUAGAUGGUUCAACCAGUUGUGCUAAGCUUUCUGGUCUAAGUUUGGCAUGUAUGCUAGCUUCUGGCGUGCUCGAACGGAAAACUCAGAGCACUGAGGACUUAGUAAUUGAAAAAUGUUGCUCCUAUCUAGACGAAAUAAUUGCCCAGCGUAGGAAUUGGGCGGUGCAGGCUAGUGCUUUAUUGCAGCGUUCAGAAUUUGAAAAGAUUAGCAUGCGCCGAGUGGAACGCGCAUGUAUGCAAAUGGAAUCAUUGUCAAAAUUGAUGAAUGGUGCAGAAAACAAAGAGCUGAAUGAGGACACUUUAAGAAAACGCUUAAAAUUAUUACUAGCGAGUGGGAUGAAACCAUUUUGGUAUGUUGAUCUCGUUCAUGCUGGACUUCUUCGUUCUAUCGGAUGCACAGCGGAAGCCUUGGUAAUAUUCGAAAAUCAAGAAAAUUGGGAUAGUGUUAUUGAUUGUUAUCGUUCACUUGGUCAGCUAAAAAAGGCUGAACGAUUAGUUCGUGAUCUACUUGCUAAGGAUGAGAACAAUUCAACUUACUGGUGUCUUUUAGGCGAUAUACUUCAUGAUCCAAAUGCAUAUAAAAAGGCGAUUGAGGCUUCGAAUGGCCGUUCAUUUCGCGCUCACCGAUCGUUAGGAUUGCUUAUGCUUCAGCAAAAGCAUUAUGAUAUUUCAUAUCAGCAUUUGAAACGUAGCCUUGAACUUCAACCGAUUAGUUCAUCCGCCUGGUUCAAUUUUGGCUGUUGUGCGUGGAAGCUCGAAAAAUGGGGAGAAGCGGCACAAGCCUAUCGGGAAUGUGUGCGCUAUGAGCCUGCUCAUUUCCAAGCGUGGAAUAAUCUUGCUGCUGUAUAUGAAAAAUUAAAUGAUGCAGAACGAGCUAAGGCUGUUUUGCAGGAAGCUGUGAAACUGAAUUUCGAACAUAUUAAAUUACGAGAAAACUAUAUGCUUCUUUGCUUACGUACACAUGAUAUUUCAUCAGCAAUUUCUACGUUUCACGCAAUAUUAGAUUUGGACAAACAGUACAAAGACGAUCUCGUAGUUGAAGCGCUUACACAAAAAUUAAUCACUCUAAGAGAAAGAAGCAGGAAAUUUGUGAAACCUUUAAUAUAUAAGAUGUGUGAAUUAUUGGGUAGAAUAACUUCGCAGCAAACUUCUUCGUCAACAAUUUGGCACUGUUAUGCGGAGUUGAAACGGCCUUAUUCAGAGUCAUCCGUGCAAGAUCAUGAAUUUUACGUAAAGUUGCUGGAGCGUGCUUUUAGGACUUGCUAUAAUAAACAAAAUUGGCAUAAAAAUGUUGAUUCAUGUGUUGAUGUUUUAAAUUCAGUCAUGAAGUUGGAAGAGUCCAAGAAAGUUUUGUCGGAAAUGAAAAACAUUGAGAACGAUGUGAUGAAAUGUGAAAUUCGAGUAACUCUUCAGCCAGUUAUUACAUCCAUCGAGAAAACAUAUGGCGUGGAUGCCAAUGAAUCUUCAAGUGAAUGCUUAAAAGAGUCUCUACUGAAAGUGAAGACAUUUUUAUCUUCGUGUUUGUGA